AUGACGGUGUCGCCGACCAAGCACGGCCAGGGCGGCGGAGACGCUAGUUCUGCCCAUGGCAGUGCGAUCCAAACGAGCAAGGAAAUUGCCCUCGAGGCGGCGAAAACCCGAUGCGAAAGCCACAUGAUCGCCAAGGAUUUUCAAAGAGCUUAUGCCACGAUCGUGGAGUGCAUCAAGGAUGCAGUCGGGGUGUACGGGAAGAGCUCGUUGCAACUCGUACCCUAUUACUUGUGCAUGGCCGAGGUUGGACUGGAGUUGAGCCACAUGAACCAAGUCGAAGAAGUGCUAGCUCUGUGCACGUGGAAUAUCGUCAAGGCGGCCGAAGACGACGCAGCCAACGAACCCAAGACGUUGGUCCAUCGCGCGGUUGUUUGCAAGUUGUUUGGGCGAUACCACUGCGAGUGCGAACAAUUUGACGAGGCGGUCAAGCAGGCCGCGAAUGGAGCGUACUAUGCCGCGCUGGUCCAUGGGCCCGAGGACAUUCGUACGUCGACGCUGUACUUUACGCUCGGUGCAAUCUUUCAAAAGAUGUUUCGAACGGAAGAAGCGCUCGGGAUGUACGACAAGGUCGUCGAGAUUUGGUACAAACAUUUGGCCGUCGUGACCCGGCGUUCUCGGCCGUCCCACGACGACGAUGACGGCGAUUCGCAUGACCACGUUGCCACUGCGUCACCCGGUUCUCCGAGUCCACAGUCGGAGCGCAUUUAUCACGAAGGGAAUGCCAUGCUCGCGCAAGUGCUUACCACGCGCGCCAAGAUCUUGGGCGAAGCUCACAUCGCAACGGGAGAAGUGCAGUACACUGUGGGGUUGUUACGUUUGUACAUGAACGACAAAGAUCUUGCCAAGGCUGCGAUUGACAAGGCGCUGGCGAUAUACACGGACGCCUUGGUACGUGCCACCGACCCAACAUGA